AUGGCAUCCUCAAGGAAGCGCUUUCAUGGGCUCCCAGAGUCACAGGCAACUUCAGAAACUACUUUGCGGCCAGUGCCAAUUUCCCCACCCUCACGCCCCCUUUCUCAAGUUGCGUCGGUGAACUGCGUCACUUCAAUAAACUCCGCCACUGAGCUUCAAUCCAAAAUUGAAGAUGCAUAUAAGAGAAUGCAAGAAGCCAAUAGGCAAUUUCAACAAGAACCGAAGGGAUUAUGUGAGGAGCUCUGUGAUAGAGUGAAACAUAAGUUUAAGAAAAUCCUGCUCCACAAAAAUACAGAGCUUGCAAAUACACCUGAUAAUCGUAUAUCGACCUCUUCGACCGCCCCCGUAGCCGAAGAGAUUUUAGAUACCGCGAUUCGACGAAGAACUUUCGAAGUUAUCAAUCUCACGAAUCCUAAAGUCCAGGCACUGACUGGCGACGGCAGGAUUCCUCGAAAACCCUCCCCCUUGCAGCAGGAGCUAAACAAGGAACUGGAUGAGGAAAAACAAGUCCGUCGCGAGUCAAUCCUCAACGUGAGAGAUUAUGUAGCUUUCAUCGAUACUGACAAACUUGUUUCUGACCAUGAUGAAACGGACGAGUUAGCCUCCAAUAUCAGUGAGGAUGAGACGGACACAUCUCACAUAGAAGAUUUGCUUUCCGCACUAUUUUCCGAGCCAGCUGAAUCAAUUCGGAUGCCUUUUUCCGUCGAAUCUGAUAUUCAAGACCGCUCAAUUCUCCGUAAUAGCCCCAGUCCCGAGCCUUUUCAACCAAGGAGAGUUUCGCGCUUUUUUGAUAGCCUUCGUUCAAGUUCUCGCCUGAGCUAUGUUGACUCAGGGUCGAGAACUCCUGUCAGCCUCAGAGGGAGGUCAAGGGCCGUGGUUAGUCCUUCUCCACCAAGAAGUGAAAGUUCCGACUCUCCACAACAGGGCCCUCCUUCACCUUAUCGAUUGGGCCGCGCUAGGCGAGGAGGGUGUGCCAAUUUUCACCAACUUGGGGGGUGA